ACAUUUACAAAAAGACACUCCUUUGAGCCCUAAUCUCUGUUUGCCGAAACAAUUCUGUUAAUCAAAACAAUAAACAGGCCCAUUGAAGAGCAUAAUAACGCCUUCUUCCCCCGGGUGACAUCCUACCAACAGCAGACUCCAAUGGCUUACCCGGGACCCAUCUCCGUCCUCGUCGGCCGCCGUACUGGCGAGCCAGCCCAGCAGCUCCAGAUCAGCCCCCGCGCUCGCAUCAACUGCCCUUUCUUCAAGAACCUUGCUUCUGGCUCUUCGUUGCCAACCACGCACCCCGAUGCUCUGCGCGCCGUUCUACGCCACCUCGACGGCGACACCAACCUCGACCCCUUCCAACCCAGCAACGACGGCCUUCUUCUCUUCACCCGAACAUGGGCGCUCGCAGGCAAACUGAAUCUCCCCACCCUCCAAAACGCCCUCGUCGCCAAAAUGACCGAGCACUACAAGCAAGCGCGCCGCGCCGACACCGCGUGCUAUCCCGCCGACGGUGCCCUCGGAGCGGCGUUCGUCCAUCUCGGAAACCAACUCAGUACUGGCAGUCCAGCGGAGAAGUUCCUAGUCUGGUUCGUCGGCCGCUUGGCUCGCGAUAUCCGCGAUCUGGAGACCAGCUUGAGGAGCGGCAAUUUCUCGAAUAGGAUCAUCGAGGACGUCCUGCGUGUUGCGCGCGGCUUUGAGAGGGAUGCUAUUAGGCGGGGGGAUGCUAUGUUCAGAGUCGGCACUGCGCGGCCGGCGCGUUAUGCGCUGCCUGAGAUAGAGGUCCAUACUUCGGCUCCGACAGGUAUAGCUCUUGGGUGGCGUGGCGUACGUGACGAGUCUUCUAUCUGCAGUGUUUCCAGCUCCGACUCAUCCUCCUCUGACGACGACGAAAUCCCCACUAUAGACAUUAUACUGUGUCAUCGUCCAACUCGUAGGGACUGGAACAGCCGCAAACGCUACGGCAUGAUCUUCUCUCGUCGCAGUGGGAGCCGUCGCAGCUGGAAAUCGCGACCCCUUCCAACAACCUAGUGAAAGUAAUCCGCCGUCGCGAAUCCAUCACCAUCGGGCCAAAGAACCCGCGAUCAGCGACGUCGACCCGCCAGACAACGCGCCCGCUUUCCAGCCGCGAGCGAGGUGCCCGUUGGCGCGUCUUUUCAAUUGGGGAGCUAGAAGAGAUGACUGGACUGCGGAUUGGAGGUACGGCGGAGAAGGAAAUGAAUGUCAUGUAGCAUGCUCAGAUAAAUCA